AUGAAAUAUUUAGUUGUAAUUGAUGAUAAGGCAGCAUCAUUCUCUGCCUUUUAUAAGGCUUUGGAACUGGUACAAGAGCCAGAUUGGAUAAUAUUGAUAACAAAGCAUAAGUCAACAGGUGCCGAGAAUGUAAAGUUCUUUGCCAGGGUACUUGACAAGAGAGGUAUAAAGAGUCUACACUUUAUAGAACAUGGCAGGACAAAGGAGUUGGUUAGCAAUAAGAUCAAGCUACUCACGAUUGAUAAAGUAGUCAUCUCACCAUACUCCUCAAAGAGGAGAAGACUUUGUGAUUAUGUAUCAAACAAUCUAAAGGUCAAUGUAAUAACAGUUAAAGAAUUCCCAAUGGUCGAUGAGAGUCUUAUUCCUAAGCCACCUGUUGUGGAGGCAAGUCGUAAGGGAUCGUCUUUACUUCAAUCAAAGUCUUCAUCGUCAAUACCAGAUCAUGUGGUGCUGAGUAAGAGCUCACCAUCAACAAGAGACCAACUACCAAAGUCAAAGUCCCAAGAGAGUGUACUAUCUCAUUCAUGGGCACCAGUGAUGAAACAUCCAUUCUGUGAUAGUCCAACACUUGUAUCAACACCAACCUCCUCAUCAUCUUCAUCUUCAUCAUCAUCGUCUGCCCACAUUGGUGGAAGUGCACUGGAACCAAUCCAUCACAAACCAUCACAUCUACAUCCAAUCAUACAACCACCCUCGGCCCUAACAACCCUCUUCCGACGAUCGACUCAUACUCCCUCAAUAGCAUCACCAAGCACACGCGACCCUGUUGACUCGGACAAUUAUCGACAGAAAACACCUUCGCCAACAUCAAGACAUGGAGGUCAUGGCCCAUCCAAAGCUCCCACCCCUGCACCUUCUCCAGCCACCGCCAAGGCUCCAUUAAAGUCAGUGAUGAAGCGUCCGAAUCAAAUGAACAGUAUUGGGUCGUCCUCUUCAUCCAGUCCUCAGUCACCAUCGGUAAUGCGCACUGGUACUGGAAGGAAGAGAACUGUCACAUUCGCACCCCAGCAGACACUUAUAAUGGACUCGGUCUUGGAAUAUCCAUCAAUCUUGAUCACGGUCGAUUGGCAGGCUGAUCACCAUCAAUAA